UUUCUGUUCUUGUAGAAUUUUCUAAAAUUAACUAAUGCCUCGUAAUUUUAAUUCAUACUCCUGUGCGCGUCUUUACUCGCUGUCGGAGUCCGCCAACCCCUUUGAAACGUGCGUUUUGAUUGGUUGGAAGCAAAUGCUCAAGUUCAACUGAGGACAAAGCCCAGUUCUUCCUCCCAUCAUUGGUCGCCCUUCACCUAAGAUGCUCUCUUUCACAGAUACGUAUUGGUUAAGACUCCAUGUGGCACGUCGUUGAUUGGUCGGUCUGCAGAAAAUACACGCAGGUUGUGUUGAAUCGAGUUAAUUGGCUGAGGAUUGGUUGACCCUCGAAUCUGUUAGCCCGGUCUUGUAAGUUUGGUUGUGAAUGUUGCGUUGCAGAGAAGGAAAUUAAAUGAAAUGGUUAAAAUUGGGCGCCGUCCGUAUGUCUUUUACGUCAAUGUUUACGUACGUAAAAUAGCCUUGUUAUCUGCAUGUGUAUUAGGAGCAACUGGAUAUGCAUGUUUCAAUUUCAGCAAGAUUAUUUAUUGACCUGAAAGAAACAAGCUAAUUAGAAACGGACUAAAAUCGGUUGCUGCCUACCACUGAAUUGGGAAGACGAACUUCAAGGGAGGUAGAGACGGCUUUUGGGGGUGGAGAGAUUGGGGAUGAUAUCUUCCCCUCCCGCCUUGCACCCCCAAAUUGUUUGCCCGAUGGAAGGAGAUGCCGAGGUUCCCAUUCGCGUUUGCAUCCCCUCUCAGAGCACGCCCCAGCCUUGCCCCCACUCCCUGCCUUCUGUCACCUGCAGGAACAGAUACGAUGGUAGGGCAGGGAAAGAAAGGAACCGAAGGACCGGACGCAUGCAGGUCACCAAAGAACGAGAAGGAGAGAAUGGAGAGAGUGUGCCAAGGAAAAGCAGACAGACCUCUUGUGCAAAGAGAGAGAGGAGUGUUAGAACAGAACGAUGUUCCGGAGCGGAAACUGGGAGAGAAAUGACAAAGAAGAAAACCAGAAGGGGCCACCAGGGUACAGGGAAGCUGACCCCUCCCACACUCUGCAUAGAGGAGAGCAGUACGGGGAUGCUGGAGCCUGACCUACAGCCCAGCCAAUCGGGAAUGGAAACAGGGUCUGGCCUACACCCUGGCCAAUCAGCAAUGGAAACAUUGUCUGAUGUACAGCCCAGCCAAUCAGCAAUGGAAACAGGGUCUGACCUACAAUCUUGCCAAUCAACAAUGGAAACGGGGCAUCACCUACAGAUCAGCCAAUCGGGAAUGGAAACAGGGCCUGACCUACAGACCAGCCAAUCAGCAGUAGAAACAGGGCCUGACCUACAGCCCAUCCAAUCGGUAAUCAAACCUGUUGAACCUCUUGAAAGCCCACCUACCGUGAAGAGAUGGGUGAUUGGUCCGUUGUUACAGUCAUUCAAGUCAAAGAUGGCCAGCUUCACGGAAAUAGUCAUGAGCCCAGUUCGACUUUUCAAACCCACUUUGCCCUCGGCACCCUCCGAUGCACUCUUGGACCUCCAGACCCUUUGCCCAGACAGUGUCACUGGCAGCAACUGCAACACUGAGAGCCACAAUGGACACUUUUCAGAAGAAAGUGCAGGGGAAAGCCAGGAUAUGCAAAGACAGUUGCAAACAAAGAGUAAAAGUGAAGGUAGCACUGAUUCAGGUUCACCUCGGGCUAAGGGACAGAUCGGUGGAGGACCAGAGGUGGGGGAACUGUCGGGGGAUCUUCAUCAGCCUCUAACCUCUUUGGCACAGGCAUGGAGCUCUGGCACAGAGAGAACGCAGCGUGUCAUCCACGAACACCCCUCUGUUCGGAAACUGAACUUUGAUACGGAAACCAAAGUCGGAGUCAGUUUUGAAGAGGAAGAAAGUCUUCAUGCAGAGAAACAUAAUUCCAACGUAUGUUCACACACACAGAUGGUCUGUGCCUCGUUUCCUAGCAGCAAGGAAGAGAUUCUGAGGGAGUCUCCUCGCUCUGGGAAAUGUAGUCAACUUCCCAGAACCGAACUUCCUCUGGCUUUGGACCCAGUUGGUUCCCUAACCAGCCCGGACUCCUCUCCCUCAGGCUCCCCCAGAACCAGGCAUUGGUCCCGUUUGUGCUCAGAUACCUCAAAAGAACAUUUGACUGGUAAAAGGGCACACUUGGGACAGGCGUGCGCUAAAGCCCCCUCUCCGAGUAAGCCCUCUCCUGGUCGUCCACUCAAACGAUCAUCUUCAUCUGACCUAUUCACUCACAUUUCCCCUAAAAAGGCCCCACUUUCUUCAGAUGAGGCCUGUGAGGAAAAGUGCUCCAUAGAAGGUACAUCACAACCUCCUGGUCUAGAGGAAAACGCCAGUGGCAGCUCAAGUGCUUUAAGCACGUCCUUUUACUUUACACAUCCUGUGUCUUUCGAAGCUAAGCGGGGUAGACAUAGGCAGCUGGGGGCAGAUGAAGAUGGCUCAUCUUUGACUAUCUGCCAGAGUACUGCAGCACAUGAAAUGCACAGAUCGCUGGAAGACUGUGGAGUUCCUCAAUUACCAAGCAGGACCCCUGUCACCACCACAUGCUCUCCUGGUCAAGUUUCAGUUCGGGUGCUGCCGGAUAAUCUGGAAGGAACUCCAGAGGGGGAUGGAGAACCUGAAAAGCAAGAUCUUGUGCAGAUUCCACCUCAAACCUUGGAGUCCCUACAGGCUCGGCCCUCACUGAGGGAGCCCCGUGAUGACCAUCACGGAGAGGGAGGGAUUGUGUUCUCAGAAGAAAGCCUGGGAGAACCACAGGCUUGCCCAGGAAGCAGCCCUGAGAUGCGUGAAAGAUUAAAAGUUGUAAGAGGCGGUAAACGAGGGAAGGGGAUGAGAAAGAAAAAAAGUGAUGAUAUGAAAGAGAGAGAGUUACUGAUAGUAACAGGUGGAGAAGCCAGGGAAGAGGUAAGAUCAGAGCAGAACAGUAGUAUUAGCACAGGGACUUGUGUUUCCCAACUCUUAGACACAGACCCUCAUGGGUCCCUCAGUUCUAGGCGAGUAAUUAGAAAGAACAGUCAAGGCUCUUGGAUGGAAGCAAAAGGAAGAGGAGGCCGGAGGAACAAUCUAAACGUAGAAAGUCCGUCCACAGAGAUUAUGCCAACUGUGGUGGGAUCAUCUCUGGAAUUUAAAGAUUGUAGCGCCAGUAACAGCAGCGCAGACUGCGGUAUGACUGCGACUAGAGCAAAGAGUCGAGGUGAAAAUGGCUCAAGCUUCAAAACUAGAAAAUUGAGAAGUUCUGCGAUUGCCUUCGAGGAUAUUAGACGUUCUCCAAACCACUCAAGGUGUGACUCUACAACAUUAACCACUGAAACUGGAAGCAAAGAGGAGGAUGCUGCUGGAAUCAACAAAUCGGACAUUCAGCUUGAGGAUGCAAGACCUAAGUGCCUAAGGCGGGAACGUCAGCAUUACAGGCGUAGAAAGAGGGAACUUUCCCCAGGAAUGGAUAUGGAUCCGAUGCUGAAUGGGAAGUGUCUGGCUGUGCCAGAGGGGAUCCAAGGUGAUAUAAACAGAACUACUGUGUCAUCCGAAGUGCCCAAAGAGAGUGAGACAAGCCAAGAAAGUGAGCCUAGGACCAGGAAAAAACUUGGGAGACUAAGACACAAGCUAAGGAAUCAUGCCGACAAAGAGCUUAUUCAGGGGGAGAUGACUGUAGACAUGGAGCUGGAAAGGAAAGCGGCACUGUCAGAUGAGAGUCCCUGCGAUCUGGAGCCCCAAGAAGAUUCAGCAUCGGGGGAAACCAGCAUUCAACCUGGGGGGUCCUUGCCAGAGCAUGCUGACACUGGAUCCCAGGUUCAACCCAGAACGUGCACACUAAUGCAGGUCGGUAGGAAGAGAGGGGGCACCGGAGAGACAGGCAAGGAAGGAGAAACGGUACACGCGUCCUCUUCCUCCCAAACAACAAAUUCCAAGCACAAGCUUCCUGAAGCUGACGAUGAGGUGGAAUUGAAGUCUGUCAAGGUGCACAGGCUAAUCGACAAGGAAGUGCCAAAGGGGAGAAGGGGGAAGAAGUCGAAGCAAGGGGACGGGAUGAGGACGGCGGAAGACUCCCACAGAAGGAAAGGCAGAUCCUGCUUUAGAGGCAGGUGUGAGCGGAAGGAAGACCUCGCAGUCGAAGGUGAGCAGCUGAAGGAGACCGACUCGUUUGAAAAGCCAGAGUGCGAGCUACUGCGGAGGAGCUACUCUUGCCCGGAGAUCCCCUCCCUCCUGAAAGACGGCCGGCAUCGUCCCUCGCCUCUCCAUCACUGCCUCCCCGUUCCUCUGCCUCCCUCCUCAGCCAAACGCACUCGCAGGCACACGGUCUGCAGCCUGGAAGUGGAGAGAGAGAUCGCCCCCCUGUGUUUGCGUAAGGAGGUGUACCCCACCGGACGGGGAGGGCAGCACUACAACCCCGGCUCCCCUGCGUCCUCCACAUCCUUUACCGCUCUGGCCUCCUGCUUUCUCUCGAGUCCCCUGGCCUUCCUCUCCAGGAAGCAGGAGGGAAGCAGUUCGAGCAGCGGCAUCAGCGGUAGUAGCGCCUGUAGUUGUGAUGUCACCUUGUCCUCCUCCAGUGACGCCACCCCCUCCACUUCCUCCUCUGUUUCCUCCCUGAUCUGUCGCCUGCUCCCGGACUUCACUUCCUGUGCCCUCCCCAGAUCCAGCCAAUCCACUGCCUCCGUUUCUUCUUUUUGCAGUGUCUCCUCCCAGAUGCCAGUAGAUGGUGAGAUUGAGGGCAAGCAGGAGCAGCAGGAGGAGGAGGAGCAGGACGAGGAGGAGGGGAUCUGUUUCACUCCAGAGCAGGAAACCGUUGAGCCGCGGGAUGAAAAAUCCUUCUCGGACUCUGAAAUUAAGGCUGGCAGUGCGACACAAGCUGAGCGGGGCAAGGUUUCCCGCUUCAGAAUCCGCAAAACUCCCCCAAAACCGCCCACCAACCUCACACCCAUGGGCCUCCCCCGUCCUGUCAGGCUGAAGAAGAAGGAUUUCAGCCUGGAGGAAAUCUACACCAACAAGAACUUCCACAAACCACCGGAAGGGCGGCUAGAAACUAUAUUUGAGGUUCCAACCAGCAAUUGCGAUGGAUCGCUGUCCCUGAUUGGCUCCCGGCGUUUUAAACGAUUGGUCAAGUUCCCGGAGCUGGGUGUGGCCAGGAAACCGAGGAAAGCUCUGGCAGGGGCGGGGAAAGGAACCUUCCGGAAGACCGGGGACAGUUCGGCGGUCGGCCGGACCCGGCGCAGAGGGACCCCGAAAGCUAAAGACGCACCGUCCCGCACCGCGGAGGAACUCGAUUCGCUGCUGUGUUCCAAGCUCGACCAAUUGGACGCCUGGAUGGCUCUCGACCAGGCGGCUCCGUGAGCCCGGGAGCCAAUCAAGAGUCCUCGAGUCCCAAACGAUGUUGUGUGCGUGUUGCGUGACCACCGGGCCGUGCUGUGUCUCAUUGGCCCGAGGGGGAGGGGCUCCCGGGCUGGGUGGGUUACUCUAGCGCUAGCACUGAACGAACAGGGUCUUUAAGCACUUUGGAUGUGGAUGACAGGGUCUGUACCUUUCUACCUGCCCGUCAUUUCAAAGCAGCACCUGCGGCUGCGAUGGAUUCUUUAAUCCCUGGGCAUCAUGUUCCGUCCAUUUCUUCAUUCUCUGUAAUUAAUUUCAUUUGAAUAACUUAAUUAAAUAUAAUGAUUUAAUUAUUGUGAUUUACUGUGUCCAUGGUAAUCAGAUCUUCUAUUAAAAUCUUAUAAAGAGUUUAUAUUUCCAUUAUGGGUGUACCACAUAUAGAUAUGUAUAUAUGUAUGUUACAAAAGGUGCACAGCUUUGAUAAUUUGCGAAUUUGGUUGAUGUUGCCUUAUUUCGGUGAUUUUUGUGUGUGCACCAGGGUCUUUGACUGUAUGUAAUUAUCAGAUGCACUGAUGUAUGAACCGGUUAACUGGUCUUCCCUCCUCCCAGUCCCUCAGUCUGCAGCCUUCCUCCUAGUGUAACACUGGACUGUCGCAGUCAGCAAACAGCUGUUCAGAUUUCAGCGCUAACCGCCAUUCAGUGUGGUACAACACUGACCGCCAUUCAGCGCUAACCGCCUUUCUGCACGGUACAACACUGACCGCCAUUCAGCACAGUGCUAACCGCCAUUAGGCACCGCGCAGCGCUAACCCCCAUUCAGCGCGGUACAGCGCUAACCGCCAUUCUGCACGGUACAGCGCUAACCGCCAUUCUGCACGGUACAGCGCUAACCGCCAUUCUGCACGGUACAGCGCUAACCGCCAUUCUGCGCGGUACAGCGCUAACCGCCAUUCUGCGCGGUACAGCGCUAACCGCCAUUCUGCACGGUACAGCGCUAACCGCCAUUCUGCACGGUACAGCGCUAACCGCCAUUCUGCGCGGUACAGCGCUAACCGCCAUUCUGCACGGUACAGCGCUAACCGCCAUUCUGCACGGUACAGCGCUAACUCCCAUUCUGCGCGGUACAGCGCUAACCGCCAUUCUGCGCGGUACAGCGCUAACCGCCAUUCUGCGCGGUACAGCGCUAACCGCCAUUCUGCGCGGUACAGCGCUGACGGCCAUUCUGCGCAGUACAGCGCUAAUUGCCAUUUAGCACAGCGCUAACCGCCAUUCAGCACGGUUCCUGUGACCGCAAACGGUGUCGGCCGUGGGUGGAGGGAGCUGGCAGUCUGAGGGAAUGUCUGUAAGCUCGAUGGCCAGUGCUUUGAUCCCGGCGGCUUUUUUGAUUGGUGCAGAGCUCCUAAAAGUUUCAUUUGUUCCGUUUGCUCCCAGACUACAGGGACUCCAAAGGAGACCAGAAUGGGUUAACUGCUUUGCACUGGAGGCUGUUUGUCAGUAUGGAUAUUAGUAUUUUAUUUUAUUUUAUGUUUUUUUUUGGUCUGCUUUUUAUAUUAUCAAGUCAAAAAAUAUAUUCUUUGGCUGUAAAACUGGUCAUUGAGUCCAGGGCAUUUUUUCACUUCAAUUAUGAAUGUUUUUUUUUUUUUCUUGUGUAAAAAUUUUAUGUAGAAUUCUAUUAUAGUGGAGUUUGAAAUAGCACUUCUGUUAGUCAUAGGCCAAGCUUGAAGUUUUUAAUUCCACGUCCAUUUUGUUUCAUGUCCAUUCUCUGAAAUAUGGAAUAAUGCCAAGUCGUAUAUGAAUAUUACUUUGUGCAGUCGUUUAUGUACAGGAGAAAAUAAUUGUUUAGAUGUUUUUCACUGUUGAAUAAAUGUGAUAUUUUUAUGGUUUCUACACUUUGUUCCAUGACUGCCAUUUAUAAUUUCUUAUGGAGUAGCAAUGAAUAGAAAUGUAUGGUUGCAUAUGGCAAUUUUAAUUUUACGAAUGAACAUCUUGAAUGUUAAAAUAUUUGUAGCAAUAUUUCACAAACUGAACAGUACUUCAGGAUGCAAGCUUGGAUAUUUAGUUAUUUUAUUACAAAAACCUUUACAAAAUGCAAUACAGUCUUUAAAAGCACAACAUUAAAACAUGAAAAAAAUAAUAUAAAAUAACUUAAUGACAAAAUAGAAUGUAACCAUGUGCUUGUUUUAAGUUUUUUGCUAAAUCAACCAUUGAUAGCACAUUUUAGUAGCAUACUAGAUGUGUAUUCUUUUUAAUUCGAUCUUUGUAACUAUGUUUUUAAACACCACUAUAUUUUCAUCAUUUCAGUAGCUUGUGUAAAUGACAAGUAUCCAUUAAACAGCAUAUUUAUUAA